CCGUGUAUUUUGUUUUUGGACAGGAAAGAAUGGCUGUCAUGGUCACUGGCGAUAUAUGAGAGGAGGCACUUGAUGAAUUUAUUGAAGAUUUUGGUGUGACAGCAGAUGCCGCUCGGGCUGCAGCUGGCUUUCAUGCUCCCUGACGCAGGUGGCUUUAAGGCGAGAAACAUAUGCAAAUGCAGACGUGAAUGCAUGGCCAGUGAAUUGCAAGUGCGCUACAUACAGUGUUUUUGAAUUACUGUGGCCAUAACAAACCUCAAUACUCAAGGAAACUAUAAGACACCAUGUGCACCUUGAUGUCUCUUUGUGACCCGCGUCAGUGAUUUUAUCACUGAUCCACUGUCUCUGCAUUGGUUGUCGUUGUGCGCAACCCUCAUCCAGAGAGGAGAUCUGGACACCUCCAUGGCAGGGGAGAAGUGCCGUCGCAGUGCCAUGGAUAUCAAGCGGCUGGCGGGCCUUCUGCAGCGUGGAGCUGGGCGAUUGCUGGUCAUCGACAGCCGGACUUUCUCGGAAUACAACGCCUCACAUGUGCACAACGCCGUCAACGUCUGCUGCUCCAAACUGGUCAAGAGGAGGCUUCAGCAGGACAAGGUUUCAGUUACCGAGCUCCUGCAACCCAACGGAAAGGUCAAGGUGGAGCUGGGCCGCAGGCAGGAGGUGGUGGUGUACGAUCAGAGCACGAAGGACGCCGGUCAGCUUUCUAAAGACGGCUUCGUCCACAUCCUCCUGAGCAAGCUGGAGGGCAGCUUCCACAGGGUGUCUCUGCUGACAGGUGGUUUUGCAGCAUUCUCAUCCUGUUUUCCGGGCCUGUGUGAAGGCAAGCCAGUGGCCACUCUGCCUAUGAGCUUGUCUCAGCCAUGUCUGCCUGUGGCAAACGUUGGUCCCACACGAAUCCUGCCCCAUCUCUACCUGGGCUCUCAAAAAGACGUGCUCAACAAGGAUCUGAUGGCUCAAAAUGGCAUCACAUAUGUGUUAAAUGCGAGCAACACCUGCCCAAAGCCAGAGUUCAUCUCCGAAAGCCAUUUCAUGCGCAUUCCCGUCAAUGACAACUACUGUGAAAAACUCCUGCCAUGGCUAGACAAAACCAACGAGUUUAUUGACAAAGCCAAGGUUUCCAACUGUCGAGUCAUUGUCCAUUGUUUAGCUGGCAUCUCCAGGUCCGCUACCAUCGCCAUCGCUUAUAUCAUGAAGACAAUGGGCUUGUCAUCAGAUGACGCGUACAGGUUUGUGAAGGACCGCAGACCUUCGAUAUCACCCAACUUCAACUUCCUGGGGCAGCUGCUGGAGUUCGAGAAAGGUCUGAGGUUGCUUAAGGCUCUGUCCUCGGAGCAAGAGAAGUUGGAGCAGUUGAAGGAACUGACACAACCUAGAGGAGAAUCUUCAAGUGAUCCUGAAAAGGCUCAUCUGGGGGCCGAGAAGGACAGCAGAGAUUUGGACACCAAGCUACCCUCUCCAACCUCCCUCCAGCAGGGCUUUAAUGGCUUGAAUCUGUCGGCAGAGCGUAUCCUAGACACCAACCGGCUCAAACGCUCUUUCUCACUUGACAUCAAAUCGGUCUACGAGCCCAACUACUGUCCUCGUCUCACGCCUGCGCAUAACGAGGAUGUUCCCAAACUCUGCAAGCUGGAUAGCCCGGAGGCCGGAGAAGCCAUUGGUGUCUGCCAGUACUCACCUGUUUCCGUCAGCCCUGCUUUAGCUGAAUCCCCAGGCCUCUUUCCUGAGAGCAGCUCCCGACCUCGUUCACGGAGGAAAAGCAAGCACAAUGGUAGCAGUGCUGGAAGUUCUCCCGUGCAUUCGCACAGCCUAAACUAUGGACACUCGCUCCCUGCACACAAAAGUCCCAGUGAUGACAAUCUGAAGCCCUCCCUGCUGCUCAGCCUUCCCACUGUGGGUACCGGGCCCAUGUGGACCAAGCAUAGAGACACCGUUCAGGCCACAACCCCUGUCACGCCAACAGGCGAAGCCCCUUGGUUCUACAGCUCGGAGUCAAUGAACAGUAACGGAGGUGGCGGAGGGGCGGUACACUUUCCUGUACUGGGAUGCAGCAGCCUUCCCGGCCCAUGCGAGGCUGUGCGUCGGCGGGACAAGGUGGGGGAGCCACGGGACUCGAGGGGCAGCUGGCACGAGGAUGCUCUCACUUCCACUGCUGCCGAUAUGCAGUUCAAGCGGCGCAGCUGUCAGAUGGAGUUUGAAGAGGGGAUAUCAGAGACACGUUCAAGAGAGGAACUGGGAAAGAUCAGCAAACAGUCCAGCUUCUCUGGAAGCAUGGAAAUCAUCGAAGUAUCCUGACAUCACCUGCACGGCACCCUAGGGACUUUUCCAUACAGACGGACAGGCGCCACUUAUGAGUAAAGGAUGACUAAGAGUGGGCCCGGCAAGGCUGUGGAACAUUCACAUUAGUUCAUAGGAUUGUCGAUAAUGAGCUGUUCCCAGAAAUGGGACUUUCUUUUUUUUGUUUUUUGGACUUUUUAAGCCAGUGGAACUGACUUUGAUUUGUCUUUCUACUGUUUUUAAGCCAUAGCCAUCCCCAGAUGACAAUGAGCUGAGACUGCAGUUGCAGAAUUCCUCGUUUCCUAGCUCUAGAAACAGACCCCCACCCCACCCCACACUUUGGUGUAGUGAGAAUCAAGCAUGGCUGUUAUUCUCACCCUUGUGUCUUUUAUAAUGCUGUCCUGGACUCAGUGAAGUUAAACCGCCACAGCACAAGGAGUCAGCACAGACUAAGCCUCGGUGGUACAUGCUUUUACUGGCUGAAUGAAGGCCUCUUUGUGCAGUGCUCAUGUCCACCCUGCUCCUGUAUCCCAGCAUUCGUGGAAUCCUGGAGGAGGAACCAGGCAUGUCAUGAAGGAAACGCAUUGUGGACACUUUCCUGUAAUGUCCUCUGUCACUCUUUUGUUACCCAGAUUUCAGGGUCUUGUCCUUCCCCUCCUGUACAGUGGCGAUGCUCGAACUGUUGUGCAACCCACGUUCCCUCUCACUAAGCAUGCAUCAAGGCUGCUGUUUUACAAACAAAUAGUAUAUGAACUAUACAUAGUGAUUUCAACGGACGUUUAAUCUCUUUUCUUUUUUGUCAUUUUCUUAGUUACGGUUUUAAUUUAUUCUACUGGUUCAUUCUGGUAAUGAGAAAUAAUAUAAAGAUUGUGGAGUUUAAAUUUUUCCUCUUUUUCAGUGUUGCUCUCUCCUUUUCAGUGAUUUACAAAAAUACACUCACAGAACCAAUACACAACUACAAGCAAUAUGUGUUUUUACUUCUUUCUCUUUUUUUUUCUUUAUAAGGGAGUGCGGUUAUUACCAAGAAUUAUCUGAUGUUUUAAUGCACUUUCUGUUGCUUUAAGGGUACCACAAUGCUUUACAACUAAAGCGUUUGUUAUGGCUUUCGUUUGUCUCGUCAGCCUGCUGGCUUGAAUUAUUAAAGACUUUGAUCCAGCAUGAAUAAUCUAGAACAAUAUGUAUGAUACCCCAGCAUUUUCAAGAAUUUGAUUUUUGUAUUAACAAGCACACAAGACAAAAUGAAGGGGGAAAAGGAACAGGGACUCUAAAGGGGUUUGUCUGUGUCCCCCGUUUGUUCUGCAUAUUUAUGAAAUUAUUUAUUGUUUGUUUGGGUCUGAUUGCAGAAGGAUGUUGUGAAUGACUGACAGAUGGACCCUUUGCAGAUGCUCUUAUAGGCUGGCAUCUUGGAGAAGAGAUAAAUACCUAACCUUUUCAUCGGCAAAACACAACAAGAUGCAUUUAAACCUGGCUUAAGGUCUGAUAGAGUUAAGUUUGCUGAUCAGCAAGUGUCUAUUUCAUUAACGUUAUGUGAACGACCAGUAACUGCUUGCUUUCUUCUCAGGGGAGCUUUUAAUGAGUCAGUUACAUGUCUGAGCUUUCUCCAUUUAGCCCUUUUUUUCAUCUCUUUUUAGCACCAAUUUCUCUUUUACACUUUCUCUCCUUCACUCACCUUUUCCCUUCAUCUUCUCUGUUUCUAUCAGAAUCUCUAGAAAGCUCCAAAGGUUAAAUAUAACACAGAAAGUGUGUGUGUGUGUGUGUGUGUGUGUGUGUGUGUGUGUGUGUGUGUGUGUGUGUGUGUGUUUGUGCAAAUUUGAAUGGGAUUGCCCUCUCCAUGGGAGAUAGUUUAGCAAUUUAUUUAUGUAUUCUUUUUCUUUUUUUUUUUUAGCUUUUCUGUAUGGCAAAUCUUGUAUUUGUGCUGCUGUAAUUUCCUUGUGUAAGACAUUACCUAUAUUUCCUUUACCUUCCCUGUACUAUACAUUUUUAAAGACCUUGUUAUCAUUAUUUAAAAAAUGUAAUAAAAAGAUGCAGGCUGUCA